GUCACCCCUUUUGCAUCAGCCACUGUAUCUAGGUUACCAACCUGACUUGGCGCCCGGCUCCAGGCCCCCAAUAUCAGUGACCCGGCAGCGGGACCAACAUUUCGUCACGUACAUUUAGCGGCCAGCAGCCCCUCAUCGAGAAAUAGUUGCCUUCAGACGUGUUGUUGUCGACCUCUUUCUGGAGCCAAUAGUCCAAGGCUGUGGCGCAGCAGACCUGUGGAAAUUCCUCGACAAACUGGAUGCUGCCUUGUGUGGACGCCCUACCUCUGGGGACCUACCCCUCAUCCUUCGUCCCAUAAGGCUUUACCUCCUCGAGGGAGAAUGGUUCGCCGACUGGGACACAGAAACAUGUCACUUCCAGCUCAGCGGGAACAUAGAAUAUUAUCAUCAUCAACAACAAUACCAAUAUGGCCAUGUCCAAGUCUGUGGCGGAUCAAGGAAGACGCCAGUCUGUUAGCUGGGUUGGAGGGGAUGAAUGGGACCCGUGGAGGACGACGAUACAGGACCUAUACCAGACGCAGAACCUACCGCUCAAGGAUGUCAUGAAGGUCAUGGAGGAGGAGCAUGGCUUCCGAGCAACACAACGAAUGUACAAGACACGUAUAAAAUCCUGGGGUCUCGACAAGAACUUUAAGGAGUGCGAAGUGGUAGAGCUAUUCCGUAUCCGAAACGAGCGUGACAGGGUCGGGAAGCGAUCAACAACGUACAUGAUCCGAGGUCGAGAAGUCGACUGGGACAGAGUGCAAAACUAUGUCAGAAGAAAGGGGCUGAACAUCACCCAGCUUCUCGCCUCCAGCGCCGGCACUGUCAGUCCAUGCGCGAGGGAAAUAUCGUGUUUUACACCACCCCCAGAAGAUGGGAGACCAACCGGCACCAGAGAUGUGGAUGUCAACUUACUGAGGGUAUCCUCCCCUUCCUCCUCCUCGCCCUCCCCAUCUCCACCAAACAGCAGCAACACCAACAACCUUUUCCUCACAACCUUCCCCCCGAUCUCUCCGGCCGCAACAACAACAACAAUCCACCAACCCCCUCAACUCCCGCAUCCUCUCGACCAAACCAACAACCCCCUCCGCCGACCCUCCUACCCUUUCCCAGCACCACCACCCCCAUUACCGAUCGUAACCCCCCCCCCCCCACCACCCCUCCUCCCAACUCUAUACCCCCCCCAACCACCACCACCACCACCACCACCACUCCCAUCACAAUACACCACGGGCACCCAGCUCACAACCCUCCAAUCCUUCCAACUCUUCCUCUCCCGCCUCUACAAAACAACAAUGUUCCAAGACGGCGAACGAGCCUGGGGAACAACAGAUUUCUUCCUCCGCAACAUGCGCUCGCUGGAAUGGCUUUCCACCAUCCGGUACGCCCUCGCGAUCAAUAAAUCUUUUCUCGUUGACAGGUUGGAUGGGAGUGAGGGUAGUGAAGAGAUUAAACGGUUCAAAGCUGUCAACCGCGCGUUUGCGGUCUUGGAACCGGGAAGUAAAGGCGUGAUAGGGAGUAGGAUGUUUUAUAUUGUUAACUUUCUCGGCUGCUUUCACGAUGGACCGGACGGGAGCGCGUUGAAAGAGUUGGCGGGGAGGUUGAUGGAGGACAUUGUUGUCAAAUGUUUCCGUGGGGGGGAGGGGGAUAGGGGGGGGGUUGGGGGGGAUCUGAGACGGGUUUUGAGUGGGGGGGAUGGGUAUGAAAUGGAGGUUGACUCGGUGGAUGAGCUGAUGGAGGAGGGGAUGUCGGUAGGGGAGACGGCAGGGAGGUUUUUGAUGGCGGUGUUGGGGCGGAUGGUGAGGGAGGUUGGGCUGGAGGUGCCGUUGGGGGUGGUUUUGAUGGGGGAUAUACAUGGGGUGGGGGAUACGGUUGGGGAGUGGAAGCCGAGGGGGAUGAGGGGGGGCACGAUGGCGGGGUGUACUUGGAGGAGCUGUUUGCUUUCUCCCGAGCCGCCUUCUUCGAAUACGAAGGAGGAUACGGCGGUUGAGUUGUUGGAACAUGGGAUCUGGCUGGCGGGCUAUGGAGAUGAUUUAAAGGCCGAGGUCAAGUUUAGGGCGCUGACUGAUCAGGCAAAGACCGGCUCCUCCCCGUCGCCAAAGAUGGCCGCUGAGAUGAAGGUGCUGGCACGGUGUUCCCAUUAUCAGCUGGCGAGUAUUUACUGGAGGAGAGGGGAGAAGAUGGCUGCCAAGGAGGAGCUGCAGCUGGCUGUCAAGGCAUCGGUAUUGUAUGAUCACUUUGUGCAGUGGGAGGACGUGGACUUUUUCCCCGCUUUGCCCGAUGGCUAUGGCUAUGGCUUCUGCGGAUUGACAGAAAAGCCCCCGGGACCCGAGAGCCUGGUGCCAAGUUCAAAGCUCGUCCUCUUCUUCAAGCCACAUGCCUCGGGCUCAUCGUUCACAAUGGCCUCAAGCGAGCAUCCGGCAGUUGGCUGCAAGACUUGCGCCUUCUUUUCAGAGGCCAUUCUCAACACUAUUCGAGGAGAAGCAGUCGGUGAGAACAUCAUCAGACUCACUGCAAGUUUCGAUCCAAAAUGUGCCACCUGCAAAUACACCCUCGACUCCUUCGCUCGUCUAGCGCCAAACUCGCCCCUCCAACUGACCUGUCCUAUCCGACUCGAUUGCUUUCCCCAAAAGCGAUUCUUCUUUCGAACCGGAUGUGGUUGCUGGGACCACUCAGCCUACCACAUCGAGCUGCUUCCCUCAUCCGAACUUGCUCCGACCUCGGUCCACUACAAGAUCAUCGACGCAGACACAAUCGACAUCAGCUCCCUCAAGCGAUGGCCGGAAUACUGCGAACAGCACCAUGAAGACUGCCGACCCACCCCCACUCAACCGCCCGUCACAGACAUGAUCCUAAUCGACGUCGACGAGCACCGCCUCGUCCAGUUCCCCGGCACCCCCCCAAAAUACACCACCCUCAGCUACGUCUGGGGCGUCCUCCCCGACAUCCUCGAAACCUGCAUCUCCAACUUUUCAACCCUCCAGCUCCCAAGGUCUCUCGCUUCCCCAGAGAUCCUCCCCCGGCUCCCAUUGACAAUCCAAGACGCCAUCAAGGUCACGCGUGACAUGGGCGAGCGCUACCUCUGGGUGGAUAGACUCUGCAUCAUCCAAGACGACGAGGCCAACAAAUCCCAGCAAAUCGCCUCCAUGGCCUCCAUCUACGCAAACUCCCAGUUCACCAUUAUUGCCGCUGACGGAGCCGAUGCCAACACUGGUCUCCAUGGCGUGGGCUCUUCCCGCCCCUUUCCGGAGCUUCCAAUCCUGGAGUUUUCCCCCGAGUGCCGGAUGCGUCCGGGGCCGGAGACAGAGGAGGCGAGGUAUUUCACCACGUGGCAUAACAGAGCUUGGACGUUCCAAGAACGGUUGCUGUCGAGGAGGUCGCUCGUUUUUUUUAGGGGGAGCGUGAUCUGGCAGUGCAAGCGCUCCAUCUGGGUUGAAGGGGCCGCCGCGGAGCCGGAUGGGAUGGUGGUUGAUGAGACAUGGAGGACGGAGAAGAAAAGGCCGGCGCAUCUGGCGUUUGAUAGGCACUUCAUCUUUGAGCUCAAGACCCCCAAGAGGCCCGACUUCCGCUAUUUCGAGGGGUUGGUGAGGCAGUAUCAACGGAGGAGGAUGACGUACCAAGCAGACGGUCUUCGGGCCUUUUCUGGGAUUCUGGAUGUCCUCAGCCGGACUUAUGAUGGUGGUUUUCUGCACGGGAUGCCAAAGAUGUUCUUCGACGUGGCCAUGUUGUGGGAGCCUCAGGCGGGGUCAAAACCGAGGCUUGUCGCGCCGGGGAGCAGGGAGCUGAUGUUUCCUAGCUGGUCGUGGGCUUCGUUCCAGGGGAGUGUGGCGAACAACUUGAGCGAUCACACUUUUGGGAACAACCCUUCGAUCGAGCUGACUCCGGUGGUCAGGUGGUAUCAUGCUCCUGCUGAUGAGCCGAUCAGUUUUGUCAACCUCACUCCGCAUCUCGCUCGGAUGUUCAAGCAAGGGGGUGUUGGGGGGUUGGAUUUGAAGUUCUUUGAUGUGCCGACGAUUGAUACAGGCGGGCUUACGGUGGAGAAGGAGAAGUUGGGUUGGCUUCUUCAUGGGAGUGUGUCGGUGGCUUCUUUUCGGAUGCAGCCUGAGAAGGAAGAGACCAGCAAGCUGGUGAGGGUUGCCUGGGAAGAAGAGGUGGCGCCGUUUGUGAACUACCAUUUUGUGGAUAGUUCUGGGAAAAUAGUGGGCAGGUUGAAGGUUCCUUUCACGAGGGAGGAUCCGGUUUUGGAAAAGGAUGCGCUGUGUGAGUGUAUCGUGAUAUCGGAAGGGAAGGCAUACUACACGAGGUCGAAGUGGCUCAAGGAGAUAUACCUGCCGGAAUGGGGACUGAACGAGGAAACUCGUGAUCUGGAGGAGUUCCAUUUUUACAAUGUUUUGUGGAUUGAGCGGAGGGAGGGAAUUGCAUAUCGAAGGGGGUGUGGUACCAUUUGGAAGGAGGGCUGGGAUCGACAGAACCCAGAGGUGCAGGAUAUUGUCCUCGGUUGA